UGAGAGAGAAGAAUACAAUUAUGCCUGAACCAGCCAAGUCCGCUCCAGCCGCAAAGAAAGGCUCCAAGAAAGCGGUGACCAAGACUCAGAAGAAAGACGGGAAGAAGCGCAGGAAGACAAGGAAGGAGAGUUACGCCAUUUACGUGUACAAGGUGCUGAAGCAGGUGCACCCCGAUACCGGCAUCUCGUCCAAGGCCAUGAGCAUCAUGAACUCCUUUGUCAACGAUGUGUUUGAGCGCAUCGCAGGGGAAGCCUCCCGCCUGGCUCAUUACAACAAGCGCUCCACCAUCACCUCCCGGGAGAUCCAGACCGCGGUCCGACUGCUGCUGCCUGGGGAGCUGGCCAAGCACGCCGUGUCCGAGGGCACCAAGGCUGUCACCAAGUACACCAGCGCCAAGUAACUGCUGCCCGACCCCUGUCCGACCCCAACACAAAGGCUCUUCUAAGAGCCCC